AUGAAUUCAAAUUAAGAUAACUUAAAUGUGUCCAUUAAGGACUAUCUUAACAACAGCAAUAAUUUGCUCAGUACUAAUUUUAGUGAGUAACAAACAUCUUGUUCAGAUGACUCUUUUAGCAGCCACAGAAUGAGCAAUAUUGACAUUUCCUUCCCAUUAGAUUUAAUUUAAGUUAAAAACGUAAAAAGAUGCUCUAUAGAAAGAAAUCAAAAACAAAAGAGUUAGUAAAACAAACUUAGAAUGAAAAGACAAUCUUCCCUUGUAGAUGUUGUCACAGAAGAAGUAAGAGGCGAACAAGAAAAAUAAGAAAAAAUUACAAAUCAGAAACGUAGAGUUUUUCCUCACUUAAAAUUGAUUUUCGAUGAUGGAGAAAAGAGUGAAGAUUCAGAAAUCUAAUUGCAGAUUUAGAGAUCAAGAUGUAAAAGUGCAGAAAAACUUGGAAGAAUUCUUGACGAAGUUGACGAAUGCAGUGAAAUUUUGAAUUAGGAAAUUCUUGAAUGCGAUGAGGAAAAAAAUUAGGAUGAUCAAAUGAAAUUAAGCGGUUUCCUUCAUGUAGAAAAUUUAAUUGAUAAAUAGGAGCCUGUUUUGGAAAUACCUACUCCUAAGAAGCUCACAAGUAUCAAGUCUAAAAUGUAUCAAACUAGUUAAGAAGAUGUUAUUAAAGAAGACUACGAAAAAGAAAACUACGUCAACGAAGAAAAAGUUGAAUUUAAAGCUUCACAAAACUAGUUCAUCUCUAACUAAUCCAACUCUCCUAAAUACAGAUUAAAGGUUGAUGAAAUUGAUGACGAUUUUAAGAAAAGUACCAUAAAAAAGGGAUACAGUGAAGAAAAUUCUAUCAUCUUAGAAGAAGACGAAAAAGAAAAUGACUAACUUAAUGACAUUCUUGAAAAAGUUAGAUAAAAAAUAGAAAAAUAAGAAUCUUUCCUUAAAAAAAUAUCAAUGAAAAAUGACGAAGUUGAAGAUGAUAUGUAUCAAUCUAGAGGUGGCUUUGUUGGUUAAAUCGAAGAAAUUGAAAACGAUUGCGAUGAAAAGUAUUCAUCUCAAGAUGAUGAAGAUGAUGAAUCUCCAGAGAGAAAGAAUAGAUGUUGUGAUUCUAAUAAGAAUAACUUUACUACUUAGAAAUCUAACUCACCAAAAUCUCCUUUAAAAUAAGACUGA